AUGUGUUACAAAAGAAUGAAAUCCACUGUUGAGGAGUUGCCACCGAUUGUUGUGACACAAGAAAAAGAUAUAGAUAAAGAUAAAGAUAAUGAUGCUCUAAAUACACAGAGUAUGAAACGAUUGAAUUUGAGUGGCAGUAUACUUAGCAACUACAAGACCACACCACCCGCCAGCCCUAGCAAAGUUUUACUCAAUAUGAACUGUGCUGAAAGAGUUUUUCAUCAAUCGGGAAAAGUAGAAGGACAUUUAUUUACUUUGAAUAGUAAAUCAAAAAUUCCAUCCAGUGUUAAAUUAGAGUGCACAAAGAGAUCAAAUUUGGAAGUUACAUCAAAUUCAGUUGGAAGAAUAUUUGUAAGAUUAAAAGGUGGUGACAAAAUAUCGUGGUUCACUGGAACUGGAUUUUGUGUGAGUCAUGACAAGGUGAUAACAGCUGCACAUGUCGUCAACUUUGAUCUGAAUAACUCAACGACAACAACAACAAGUGGUUUGACUUCAAUAAAAAGAAUAAACAGUCGAAGUAGUUUGUCUGACGAUGUUUCUUGGAGUAUGGAUAAGAUUUAUAUUUGUUUUAUUCCAGACACCAGCAUUGACCACGAAGUUGACACCAACAGCUUGGAGGAGAACGAUGAUUUCUACGAGUUGGAAACCUGUGGCAGACAAGACAUUGACCAACACUUUAAAGAUCACUUGGUGUAUAUAAAGCAAACAGACGAUAAUAAGAGUGUCUCUUACAAAUGGAAGACAAUAAAAAAUGAUAUAGAGGUACUGCGAUUCAAGAACCCGCAGAAACGAAGAGAAGAAUACUUGUUACCAUCGUUCACAAGCAAAGAAAAUUUAAAAGAAUUUUGGUGUUGUGGAUAUCCAGGACAUAUUGAACUCGAAGUUUUCCAAGAUGACUACCAAGGCAAGGAUGUGGAUAUGAAAGAGCUUUACAACUCUGUCAAUAAGAUGACCAGUGGUUUCCAAAAGAAAACUAUUGCACUAAGUGAGAGUGCGCAUAUCCACGACAACCAAUAUCUCUCGGUUCAUCAAUGCCCAACACUCAAAGGAAUGUCUGGUGGAAUCAUCGCAAGCAGUAAUGAAGCCAACAAAUUCCUUGGUGUUCACAUAGGUGGUUCCAACGACACAGAUAUUCACACCAAUUUUGCCAUUUCAGUUACUCACCCACUGUUCUGUUAUGUCUACCAAAAACACAUUCUUUCCGAUCAACAUUUCAUGUCGAAACAUCGAGAUCAACUCCAACCCUACAUUAACUAUAUUAAUAACUUUAAUUUUCCUAAAAAUAACGAUCUACUACCUCCAUAA